CUCCUUGUCUGCGUUCACGGUUCACGUUUUCGACAACUACACGUGAGUUUUUUUAGUCAAAUGACCAUAACCUAAAAUAACAGAUCGGUAAAUAAAACACGAGAGUUUUUAGUUGAUUUAUAAAAAUUAAAAAACUUUCCGGUUAGUUUUAAAGACACAAAAAUGCCGAAAACGAGCGCAGCAACCAAGCGCCCUCGCAAAGAGGGCUUCAAUCGUUCUGGGCACAGUAUGAAUCCAGAACGAUCGACAGAAGGAUUGAAAGGAGUAGCUCGAGCUCGAACAAAAGGAACGAUCAAGCGAUUGCAAAUGUAUCGUUGUCAGAAGCCAAAAAGGAACAGAGUUGGGAAGAUAAUAAGUCCAGCGCCUUUUCAGGGUUGGCAUCCGUCAGGCACAAUGUCUCGUGUGGAACCUUCGCAAAGAUGGUUCGGUAAUUCGCGAGUAAUAUCGCAAAACUCAUUACAAAAAUUCCAAACGGAGUUAGGAGCUGCAAUGAAAAACCCUUAUCAGGUAGUCAUGAAACCAACACAAUUGCCGGUAACACUAUUGGAGCAAAAAGCUGCGAAUGCUCGUUGUCAUUUGCUCGAUACAGAGAGUUUUUCCAGUGUUUUCGGUCCAAAAAAAGUUCGGAAACGUCCAAACCUGCCGGUCUCGACGUACGACGAAAUGAAGAAACUCGUUGAAGAGAAAGAAGUUCAGUACGACAAGGAAAAAGACACGAAAGAUUUGGAUCUUGUGCGUCCCGACGAGGGAAUCAAAGACGCUCAAAGAGAUUGGGUCAUGGCGGCUGGACAGAGCAGAAGGAUUUGGAACGAGUUGUACAAAGUCAUUGACUCUUCGGACGUCGUACUGCAAGUGUUGGACGCUCGUGAUCCAAUGGGCACGCGAUCUCCACCGGUCGAAAAAUAUCUCAAAACAGAGAAAGCUCACAAGCAUCUCAUUUUCGUUCUCAACAAAGUCGACCUCGUGCCUACCUGGGUGACUCAGCGUUGGGUCGCCAUACUCAGCGCGGAGUAUCCCACAGUAGCUUUUCACGCCUCGCUAACGCACCCCUUCGGCAAAGGUUCCCUCAUCAAUCUUCUACGCCAAUUUGCAAAACUUCACAUCGAUAAAAAACAAAUAAGCGUUGGUUUUAUCGGCUAUCCAAAUACUGGAAAAAGUUCCAUCAUAAAUACAUUAAGAUCGAAAAAAGUUUGCAAAGUUGCACCGAUCGCAGGCGAGACCAAAGUCUGGCAAUACAUAACGCUCAUGCGCCGUAUUUAUCUCAUCGAUUGUCCCGGAGUCGUUUAUCCCUCGGCCGAAACAGACACGGAGAAGGUUCUCAAGGGAGUCGUCAGAGUCGAGCUGAUCAACAAUCCUGAAGAUUACAUUGAGACCGUCUUACAAAGAGUCAAACCAGAGUACAUGAAGAAAACUUACAAAAUCGAGGAUUGGGAGGAUCACACAGACUUUUUGGAAAAACUCGCCAAACGAACGGGCAAAUUACUGAAAAAGGGUGAACCGGAUAUAAGUCAAGUUGCGCGUAUGGUCCUCAACGAUUGGCAACGAGGAAAGUUACCGUUCUUCGUCGCUCCCGUUGGUUUCGAAGUGCCUCUCAGUCAAAAAGCUCCCGAGGAAUCGAACGUGGAGACAACGAUUGAAAACGUUGAAACCGCUGACGAUAAAUCGACUGCGGAAGCCGAAUCAGCAAACGAGCAAAGCACAAAGUCAAGCAACACCGAAAAAUCUAGUUCGAGGGUCGGGGUCGUUCAGGAUUUCCGAAAAAUUCGAGUCGCUCUUUCGUAUUCGAACGAGGACAGGGAAAACGAUAAAUUUGUAACGAAACCAGCAGGCCUCGAUGGCAACGAGUCCGUCGUCAGUGAAGCUACCACUCUUAACGAUUCUACGGUGAAUUCACUCGUUUCGAGUCCUGUAGAAUCGGAAAACGAAGAAGACGAAGAAUUCGACGAAGAAGGAGUUGAAAAAUCGAUGAAUUCAACGAAUUUAACCGAAAAUGAAGAAAUCGCUGGAAACAAGGAAAACGAGGAUGCAAUCCCGGAUGGAAAACAAUUCAAAGAUAAUCUCAUGCAGAGCGCGUACGACGUCAUCGAAGAAGAAUCAUGCGAUUCGAGCGACGAGGACGAGGAAAAAUCAUCGAAAAUCACAGUCUCUUCGAGCGGCCAAUUCAAAGUUUCGUCAUCUCUCGUUACAAAUAAAACGAAUAAUAAAGGAGAGUCUAAAACUCUUACGAGCAAAGAACGAAGACGUAUCGAAAGAGCAAACAAGAGGAAAAAAAUCGGUAGCAAUUUCUACGAAGUUAGCAACGUGAAGAACCGUAACCGUAACAGAAAAAUUCCAAAAAUUAAGAGGACGUAGAAGUAAAUUGUAUUUCACGUAGAAAAAAAAAAAACUGUUUCGUUAAAAAAAAGAAGUUCGUGUGUUUCAUUGUUAAAUAAAGAAUUUCACGAA